ACGUCAUAAGAAGAUCAAUAGUUCAGAGAGAUUGAAAGAAGUUAUGGAGAAUCAAUCAUCAAUGGAGAUCCCGCUCCCGUCAAUGAUCAAUGGCAACGACGUUUUUCACUCUCAGACACUACCCGAUGACUUAAACAUAUCAAAGAGCAAACUUACUUGUAACAUCAUACAUAACCACAACUUCUCUAACGGUUUGCAUUCGUGGCAUGCAAACUGUUGUGAUGUCUUCCUAGUUUCACCUUUUGAAGAUCACACACAAAACCCAUGUAAGAAGAAGCAUCAUGCAGUCAUUACAAACAGAAACCAACAUUGGCAAGGCUUGGAACAAGACAUCACAACCAGGGUUUCUUCAGGUUCCACUUACACAGUUGUUGCUCGUGUUGGAGUUUCUGGUAUGCAUCUUGAAAAGGAGGCUGAUGUCAUUGCGACCCUUAAACUUGAAUAUCAACAAUUGGAAACCAAGUAUUUGUUCAUCACAAAGACUAGUGUUUCAAAAGAAAAAUGGGAGGAUUUGGAAGGUACAUUUGUAUUGUCAGACAAACCUGACCGUGUUGUCUUUUACUUGGAAGGACCGGCUCCUGGUGUAAACCUUCUCAUAGAAUCGGUCUCAAUCUUUGGUGAUGGGGAAAUUGCACGAUGUGUAUAUAAUCAAGAAGGAAAUAUCAUAUUGAACCCUGAGUUUGAGGACGGAGUUAAUAACUGGUCCGGAAGGGGGGUGCAAGAUUGCAUUACAUGACUCCAUGGGAGAUGGCAAAGUCCCUUCCUAAAUCCGGAAAGUUCUUUGCAUCUGCAACAGAACGAACUCAAUAUUGGAAUGGGAUUCAACAAGAUAUUAGUGGAAAAAUUCAACGAAAGCUUGCUUACCAAGUUACAGCCUUUGUUAGAAUCUUUGGCAAUAAUGUUACUAGCUCCAGUGUUCGAGCUACGUUGUGGGUCCAAGGCCCCGAUUCCCAUGAACAAUACAUUGGCAUUGCUAACUCACAAGCAACGAAUUCAGAUUGGGUACAACUGCAAGGGAAGUUUCUUUUAAACGGCUCGCCUUCAAAAGUAGUCAUUUAUUUAGAAGGUCCGCCUCCGGGUACAGAUAUUCUCCUUGACGGCUUAAUGGUUAUGCAUGCCGAGAAAAUACCUCCUUCGCCUCGACCUGUUAUUGAGAAUCCAGAAUAUGGAGUUAACAUUAUUGCGAAUAGCAAUGUUAGCGAUGGGACAAACGGGUGGUUUCCCCUCGGUAAUUGCACAUUAAAUGUGGUGACUGGUUCACCUCGUAUACUCCCACCGGCGGCAAGAGACACCCUCGGCCCCCAUGAGCCGCUAAGUGGCCGUUGUAUACACACCACUAACCGCACCCAGACGUGGAUGGGUCCGGCUCAGAUGAUAACAGAUAAAGUCAAACUCUUUGUAACUUACCAGGUUUCCGCUUGGGUUCGACUCGGUCCUGGAGCCACCGGUCCACAGAAUGUAAACAUUGCUCUCGGGGUUGAUAGCCAGUGGGUCAAUGGUGGUCAGGUGGAGCUCAAUGAUGCUGACAGGUGGCAUGAGGUUUGUGGAUCUUUUAGAGUUGAGAAACAGCCAGCUAAAGUCAUGGUUUAUAUUCAAGGCCCGGCUGAAGGAAUUAAUUUCAUGUUGGCUGGACUUCAGAUCUUUGCGGUGGACCGGCAGGCCAGAUUCCGACAUUUGAAACGUCAAACGGAUAAGAUUCGUAAACGAGAUGUCACACUAAAAUUUUCCACCUCGGACUCGAGCAGUAUCCACGGUGCAACAGUAAUCGUGAAACAAACCCAAAACAGUUUCCCGAUCGGAUCAUGCAUUAGCCGCUCCAAUAUUGACAACGAAGAUUUCGUCUCAUUUUUUAUUAAAAACUUUAAUUGGGCUGUUUUUGGAAACGAACUAAAAUGGUAUUGGACUGAACCACAACAAGGAAACCUAAACUACAAAGAUGCCGACGAGCUUCUAAAAUUAUGUAACGAUAACAACAUUACGGUUCGCGGACACUGUAUCUUUUGGGACGUGGAAUCCACGGUUCAAGAUUGGGUCAAGAAGCUGAGCAAACCAGACCUAACCACGGCUAUACAAAAUCGGUUAACUAGUUUGCUGAACCAAUACAAAGGUCGGUUCAAGCAUUAUGAUGUGAACAAUGAAAUGCUUCACGGCUCAUUUUACUCUGACCGGUUAGGUCCGGGUUCACGAGCCGAUAUGUUCAAAACCGCGAACCGGCUGGACCCGUCUGCUACAUUGUUCGUCAACGAUUACCACAUCGAGGAUGGGUGCGAUCCAAGAUCUUCCCCAGAGAAAUACAUGACACAAAUUCUUGAUCUGGUACAACAAGGCGCACCGGUUGGUGGGAUAGGUAUUCAAGGACAUAUAGACAGUCCAGUGGGUCCGGUUGUCUGUUCGGCUCUCGACAGACUCGGGACCCUUGGACUGCCCAUCUGGUUUACAGAACUUGAUGCUUCUUCGGUUAAUGAGUAUGUUAGAGCAGAUGAUUUGGAGGUUAUGUUUCGGGAAGCUUUAGCUCAUCCCGCUGUUGAGGGGAUUAUGAUUUGGGGGUUUUGGGAGUUGUUUAUGAGCCGUGAAAACUCGCAUUUGGUGAAUGCAGAAGGUGAGAUUAAUGAAGCUGGGAAUCGGUUUCUUGAGCUCAAGAAAGAAUGGUUGUCGCAUGCUCAUGGACAUGUUGAUGAUGUCAGUGAAUUUGGGUUUCGAGGUUUUCCGGGGACUUAUGAGGUGGUGGUUGUUACUGGUUCCAAGAAAAUUGUCAAGAAGUUUGUUGUUGAAAAUGGUGAUCUUUCGUUGGUGGUGCCAAUAGAAUUUUAAUUGAUAAAGUAAAUAUUUUAUGGAAACGAAGGAAAUAAUAUAUGUUGGCUGAUAUAUGGCAUGGUGUGUUUAGGUUCGAUGUUCAAGUUUGGUCCAAGUUGGUGUGUGGAAGUGGAACACUUGUAAACUAUAUUGUAAACUAUCAAUGUAUAAGUAUAUCUGUAUAUAUAUGAUAUAUGAAGUGAUG